CAUGGAUAUAGUGGUAAAAUCCAUCAUGGCGGAAAGUGAAAUUUUAGGUUGCUGACAGAUUUUAGCGUGUUUCAUCCCAAUUUGCAACCUUUCUGUGACACAUUCAUACUUUUAAGUUGAUAGAAAAUAAUCUACAGUUCCCCAUGGAAGCCCAGUCCAGCUGGGUGUGGUCCCCCAUUGCAAGAGUGUAUAACCCCCUACGGGCAGGCAGUAUCGAUGGCACCGACCUGGACCCACAUGACAGGGCUGUGAUCAGGGCCAUGGAUGCCAAGUACAGACCUAACAAACAGGUAAAGGGAGACCCAAGAUGUACCCUCUUUGUGUCCAACCUCAACCCCAAGACAACAGAAGAUUCCUUGGAGAAAGUCUUCUCCAAAUUUGGUGACCUUGUCAGAACCAGGCUUGUCCGAGACAUUGUUACUGGCUACUCCAAAAGAUAUGCCUUCAUCGAGUACGUAGACGAGAAGUCCAUGUGGCACGCUCACCGAAAGGCGUACAAGAUGGAACUGGAACAGUACGAGGUCUUUGUGGAUGUAGAAAAUUCACGGACACUGAAGGGAUGGGUUCCACGAAGACUAGGGGGUGGGCUGGGGGGUAGCAAGGAGUCUGGACAGUUAAGGUUUGGUGGCAGAGCCAGGCCUUUCAGGAAACCCAUUACAGUGCACACAGAAGGGAGGAUGAAGAGAUUGAAAGAGGAGCCAGAGGACACAAGAGAUCCAUAUGAAAGGAUGAGAGAAGAGAAAGAGAGGAGAGGGUAUGACAGGGAUAGGGAUAGAAGUAGGGAGUAUGAGAGAUACAGAGAUAGACGUGGGGAUAGGGAAAAAGAUAGGGACAGGAACAUGGAUAGAGAUAGAGAGAGGGAUAUGGGAAGGAGUAGGGACGGGGAUAGGGACAGAGAAAGGGUCAGAUAUCGUGAAAGAGAAAGAAAGCGAGAUAGAGACAGAAGCGAGGAAAGAAGUGACAGAAAAUACAGGAACAAGGAAAAGGAGUUGCAGAAGAUACAGAAUGUGGAAGACAAAAGGUCUCGUUCACCUGCCACAUAGAAUACGUACAAAACAUAUACAUCAAUAUACUUGGAAGAACCUGAUAUGUCAUAUUGUAGUUGCAUAUUCUUACCACUUAAGCUGCUACAUUACUUGAAAUGAUCAUGUAUGUUCCAGGUUUUACUGUUCAGAUUGAUCUUAAGAGCAAACAAAAAAGUACAAAGUACAUCUACAUGAAUGUUUAUUCAGCAUUACCUUCCUUUGCUGUUGUGUGCAUAGACUCGAUGUACUGUGAGACAUUCUU